CAAGCUUGUUCAGUUGCUUCUUCUGCUUCGCUCGUCAUGGUCGACUCACGGCUGUACGUCAACGACUGAACAUGGCCGACCAAUCCACCGUCCAAAGGAUGGAGCGCUCUCAUUACUCUCCGCCAUGGGCCAACACGAGCAUCAUUGGCGUUGCCGGCAGCUCGGGUUCGGGCAAGACAUCGCUUGCUCUGGCUAUCAUCAAGCAAAUGAGCCUGCCUUGGGUUGUCAUCCUGUCAAUGGAUUCUUUCUAUCGACCCCUCACCCCGGACCAGAUUGCCGCGGCUCAUAGGAACGAGUACGAUUUCGACUCACCUGAUGCUAUCGAUUUCGAUGUUCUGGUUGAAAGACUAAAGGACAUCAAGGAAGGCAAAAAGGCCGAGAUCCCCGUCUACUCAUUCGAGAAACACUCUCGUCUUGACAAGACUACCACGAUCUACUCUCCUCACGUGCUCAUCCUCGAGGGUAUUUUUGCCCUCCAUGAUCCGCGCGUGCUUGAUCUUCUCGAUCUGAGAAUCUUCUGCGAGGCAGAUGCAGAUCUCUGUCUCUCACGAAGACUCGUUCGAGAUAUCAAGGAGCGUGGUCGUGACAUUGAAGGCUGCAUCAAACAGUGGUUUGGCUUCGUCAAGCCCAACUUCCACAAGUUUGUUGAGCCUCAAAGAAACGUAGCUGAUAUCAUUGUACCUCGCGGUAUUGAAAACAAGGUCGCUAUUGACAUGGUAGCCGACCGUAUACACAAGACCCUGGACCUCAAAUCCGAGGAGCAUCGUGCUGAGUUGAAGCGCCUAGGCAAAGAGACCAAGGAUCUCCCGCUCUCCAAAAACGUAUCAAUUCUGGACGGUCCGUCGCAAAUAACAGGCAUCAACACCCUCCUCAGCGGGCCGGACACAACACGUGAGGACUUUGUCUUCUACUUCGAUCGUUUGGCUGCUCUCCUGGUCGAGCGUGCCACUGAGAAUGCCGACUUCGACCCCGUCACGGUUGAGACACCACCACCUCGCAGCCAUCCCUACAAUGGCUUGCGCAUGUCGGGUGAAGUCAGCGCUGUUGUUAUUCUCCGUGGGGGUAGCAUCCUCGAGACUGGUCUGAGACGUGUCAUUCCUGACUGUCGUACUGGGCGUAUGCUCAUUCAGACCUCGUACCGUACUGGCGAACCUGAGUUGCACUACUUUAAGAUGGCCGAUGAUGUCUCAACACACAACAAGGUCUUGCUGUUGGAUCCUCAAAUGUCCAGUGGCGGUGCUGCACUCAUGGCCGUUCGUGUCUUGCUGGAUCACGGUGUUGAAGAGAGUAGAAUCGUCUUCGUUACAUACAUCGCCGGCAAAAGAGGUCUCAACAGACUCAUGACUGUCUUCCCCGACAUCCACGUCGUCGCCUGCAGAGUCGUCGACGAUUAUGAAGAGAGAUGGGUUGAGAACAGGUACAUGGGCUGUUAGAUGGCUCAACCUGAUGUAUAUACACGAACAACAUACUUCCUCUUCACCCUGAUUUAUUUUUCCACUGGUCUUGCGAUAAUUCGUUUAUGCCCCACGAUACUGCUCGAUAAGUCAACGUGGGAUGGACAUACAAUUGUGGGUGUGAUUGGGGUACAUCAAGAUUGGAAAUAGAUAUAGGAACAUACGAUUAUGUGAGAGAAGGAGUAGGUGGGUUGGGUGGGUUAUGGGGAGGCAUGAUGGGAGGUGUGCGUGUGGUGCUUUUGAAUUUGGGAGAGACUUUUUCGGGGUUACAUGUGUGAGAGCCCAUGC